CGUUUCGAAUUGAGGACGAUAGCGGGUGCACACCAGAAGUUACCAACAUUUAUUGCAUUGCCGGAUUCAGGAAUAAAAAAUAUGGAGAACUACAGCAAAGCACGAACUGUGGAGCAGCCAUGCAACUGUCCCUUCACCGGCCUAUCUAGUGAAACACCAGAGGUUCGAGUUAAAGACGGUAGCAAGAUCCGAAAUCUCAUGCGAUUUGCAUUGAGUCGCAUGGAAGACAAACCAUCCUCUGCAGAAGGUGAAGGAGAUGGUGAGGAGGCAGAGCCGAAGCAGUCUACGGAGAAAAUAUGUCGGCAGAUCAUGUUCACCGGAGUCGGGCCAAGCGUGUCCAAAGCCAUCACCUGUGUGGAGAUCCUGAAACGCAGAGUGCGUGGCUUGCACCAGUACACCCGGCUGCACUACCGUACCGUUCAGGAGGUGUGGGAGCCCUUAGAACCUGAUGCCGGUUUGGACAGCUUGACCGUCAACAGAAAUGUACCAGCUAUAUGGGUGCUCCUCUCUAAAGAUCCUUUGGAUACCAACCAGCCAGGUUAUCAAGCGCCAGGCAGCUUUGAUGCCCUGUGGGCCCAGGCAGCCAAGGAAGAAAUGGCCAGUCAGAAACACGGACAGCGGAGAAGACGAGGAGGAGGAGGAGGUGGUGGAGGAGGAGCGGGCCGUGGGAAGACCCCCAGCAGACAGGCAGGACGCCCCAGGGAGCCCCGGAAAAGCCAGGGGCGCGGAGGAGGGGGCGGUGGUGGACAAGAGUAACAUUUUGCCCGCAGGGAAAGUGGGUAACCAUGAAUUGUGACUUUUAAGUUACAACAUGAAAGCCAUAAGAGCUGCAUUUCCAGAAAGACAGACUUCUCAUUAAAGACUCUAAAAUUGAAGUAGUCACUUCAAAUGUGACUGGUUUUGAAAGUCCUCAUCAAAUGUGUGAGAUAUGUGUUAUUGUGAGGAAGACAACUACGGACUGACCAUAGCCACAGACCAAGUCUGUGAAACCGAGGGAGCUGCCAGUCCACUAGUACAGGAAAGGCAUUGUCGCAACCAUUUUUUGUGCUAUAACUUAACUUAAAUGCAAAAAACUGUGUUUGGUAAAGAUUUAAGGCGUUACUGAAAAUUCCAGUUAAAACAUGACAAGGAAAUAUCCUGUAGAGGGGAUUAGAUAAUCUUUUGAGUUUACAGACAAUCUCUGUGACUGGGUAGUAGUGAAUUGCUACCUCUGGAGUUUAUGCUGACAAAGGGCUUAUAAGUAAGAUGCAAAACAGAGGGGAAAUGAGUUGUUUUGAAUGACAAAUGUGACACGGAAGAAAAAUGGGAAUCCACUGGUAUUCUAUCCACUGGUGUUAUAGUGACUGCAGAGAGAGUGAGAGAGAGACUGCCUCUAGGUAAGAGCAAUUCCAAAAUCUGUCCAUUCAAUUCAUUUUCAGUAAGCCUAGAAAAGCUCUGCUUGAUCUUCCACACAUUAUGAAAGUAUUUAGUGUUCUUUUGGACAGAUGUCACAAAUUAUGUCAUCUUUGUUUCUGUCUUCAUCUAUAAAAUGUUUGCCUAUGUGCCAAUUGUCGAUAAUAUUAUUUUUGUUUUAAUGUAAUAUAAUUUUAUGUGUGGAGCUUUUCACAGUUUUAUUUUCAAAUUGUUAUAUAAAGAUCAGAUCAACAAACAAAAUCAUUCUGAAACUAGUUAAUCACAAAAUGGCAAUAUUGUGAGGAAGUUCAUUUAAUGGUCUUUCAGAAAAUAAUGGUACUUUUGGUAAAAAAGUGCCUUUUACUCCAGGAGUAAUUUCAGAGGAAAAUAAUAAAUAAUUCUUGUUUAAGCUUUAAAA